AUGCUGGCGGAGGCGCAGGACACCACCAGCGUGCAGUACCAGCGCAUGACCUGGGACGCGCUGCGCAAGUCCCUCAACGGGCUGAUCAACAAGGUGAACGCCGCCAACAUCAAGCACAUCCUGCCAGAGUUCUUCUCCGAGAAUCUGGUGCGUGGUCGGGGCCUGUUCUGCCGCAGCCUGAUGAAGAGCCAGAUGGCGUCCCCCUCCUUCACCCCCGUCUACGCCGCGCUGGUGGCGGUGUUCAACACCAAGUUCCCGGAGCUGGGCGAGCUGCUGCUGCACCGUGUGGUCACCCAGUUCCGCCGCGCCUACAAGCGUAACGACAAGCCUGUCUGCCUGGCGGCCAUCAAGUUCCUGGCCCACCUGGCCAACCAGCAGGUGGCGCACGAGGUGCUGGCCCUGGAGGUGCUCAUGCUCCUGCUGGAGACGCCCUCCGACGACGGCGUGGAGGUGGCCGCCGGGUUUGUCACCGAGGUGGGGGCCCUGCUCCAGGACCUGGCGCCCCAGGGGCUCAAUUCCGUCUUUGACCGAUUCAGGGCCAUCCUGCAUGAGGGCAGCAUUGACAAGAGGACUCAGUUCAUCAUAGAAAACCUGUUUGCCGUGCGCAAGGCCGGCUUCGAGCAGCAGGGGCACCCCGCGAUUCCCGCGGACCUGGAUCUGGUGGAGACAGAGGAUCAGAUCACUCACGAGGUGUCGCUGGACGACAAGCUGGACACCCAGAUGAUGCUGGACGUGUUCCAGGAGGACCCCGACUUUGCCCAGCAUGAGGCCGAGUACCAGGCGAUCAGGCGUGAGAUCCUGGGUGAGGAAAGCGGGGACGAGGAGGAGGAGGAGUCGGGGAGCUCCUCUGGCGAGGAGGAGGAGGACGGGGAGGAGGGCGGGCACGCCGCUGGGCCGUCGGGCGUCGGGGGCCCCAUCUCCGACCAGACGCAGACGGACCUGAUCAACCUGCGGCGAACCAUCUACCUCACCAUCAUGUCUGCCCUGGACUUUGAAGAGGCGGGACACAAGCUCCUGAAGAUGGGCAUACCUGCCGGCCUGGAGAUGGAGCUGUGCACCAUGAUCAUCGAGUGCUGCUCCCAGGAGAAGACCUUCAUAAAGUACUACGCGCUGCUGGGGGAGCGCUUCUCCAAGCUCAAGCGCGAGUACUGCGACUGCUUCUCCGAGUGCUUCGUGCGCCAGUACUCGCUCAUCCACCGCCUGGAGACCAACAAGCUGCGCAACGUGGCCAAGCUCUUCGCCCACCUGCUGGCCAGCGACGCCAUCCCCUGGUCCGUGCUGGAGGUGGUGCGGCUGACGGAGGAGGACACCACCUCCUCCUCCCGCAUCUUUGUCAAGAUCCUGUUCCAGGAGCUGGUGGAGCAGCUGGGCCUGCUGGGCCUCAACAAGAGGCUGCAGGACCCAAGCUGUGCCGCGUGGUACACCGGCAUCUUCCCCACCGACAGCCCGCGCAACAUGCGCUUCUCCAUCAACUUCUUCACCUCCAUCGGGCUGGGAGGGCUGACGGAUCGCAUGCGCGAGACGCUGAAGAACCUGCCGGCGCUCAUCGCGGCGCAGCGGGCUGCAGCAGAGGCGGCCAAGAACGACGCCUCCUCGUCCUCGGACGAUUCGUCAUCUGCAUCAUCUGGCGGCUCAUCAUCCUCAGACGACUCCUCGUCGUCAGGCGGCUCCUCUUCCAGCGACUCCUCGUCGUCCUCCUCCUCCUCAUCAUCGUCAUCUGGCUCCGACAGCAGCAGCAGCGGGUCGGAGUCGGAGGCGGAGGCGGCCAGGCGCGCGCGGCGGAAGCGGGGUGAUGACGGCAAUGGCAGGGCGGACCCCUCCAAGAAGUCCCGCAGGCGCUGA